GACAGAGAGGCCGGAAGCUUUUCUCCGAGAAUCGGGUUUUUGUUAGGUUGGCGGAACUGAGGCGGUGCGACCGGGUUCUGCAGGCCGUUUGGCGCGGUAGUCCCGGCAGCGCGUCGGCCUGAGGGGCUCCGGGGUUCUGGGCGGGGACAAUGGCGUCUCGGGCAGGCCCGCGAGCGGCCGGCACCGACGGCAGCGACUUUCAGCACCGGGAGCGUGUCGCCAUGCACUACCAGAUGAGUGUGACCCUCAAGUAUGAAAUCAAGAAGCUGAUCUACGUGCAUCUGGUCAUAUGGCUGCUGCUGGUUGCCAAGAUGAGCGUGGGACACCUGAGGCUCUUGUCACAUGAUCAGGUGGCCAUGCCCUAUCAGUGGGAGUACCCGUAUUUGCUGAGCAUUGUGCCCUCUGUCUUGGGCCUCCUCUCCUUCCCCCGUAACAACAUUAGCUACCUGGUGCUCUCCAUGAUCAGCAUGGGGCUCUUCUCCAUCGCUCCCCUCAUUUAUGGCAGCAUGGAGAUGUUCCCUGCUGCACAGCAGCUCUACCGCCAUGGCAAGGCCUACCGCUUCCUCUUUGGUUUUUCCGCUGUCUCUGUCAUGUACCUGGUGUUGGUGCUGGCAGUCCAAGUGCAUGCCUGGCAGUUAUACUACAGCAAGAAGCUCCUAGACUCUUGGUUCACCAGCACACAGGAGAAGAAGCGUAAAUGAAGCCUGCCUGAUGGACUGCUCUGUGGGGUGAAGCCUGGGCCUCCCAUUGAGUGGAAUGAGAGGGUAGAGGAGCUGUUCUGAAAUCUCCUUUGGUGAUUUUGGCAGCUGUGAUGUUGGAAAUGAGUGCAAACUAGGCCCAAGUUCUGGAAAGCCCCUCCUGUUGCCAUCAGCUGAGGUUGCAAAACUGUACUUUAUUUCUAGUUGGCUGGAAGUCAGUGAUCAACAGCUGUAAAACAAACUUGAGCUGGUUGAAGCUGAGGUCCUUCAGGAUUUUUAUUUUAAGACUGAGCCUCAUCCUUGCCUCUUCUUGGUCAUUCUUUCCACUUCCAUCCAUCACCCCUUAGCCACCGAGACUGAAGGAGAUAGGGAAUAAAUCAAAUUCUGCUUCAGUCUAUAAGUCAUGGGGCAGGAAACAUUUGGGAGGCUGCUCGCCCUGCAGGCUGUGGUCUCUAUUGCAAAGAUUUUAAUUAAAAAGAACCUCAAUAAAGUUAAAAUUGUCCUGUCCAC